AUGGCAGACAGAGACUGGGGAAACCAAAUGGCCAUCAAAAAAUUCAUCCUUCUGGGAUUCGGGGAUCUCCCUGACUUGCAAAUUCUUCUCUUCCUGAUGUUCCAAGUGAUUUACAUGGCAACCGUGGCCGGGAACACCCUAAUCGUGGUGCUCAUUGUGACUGACCAGCACCUUCACACCCCUAUGUACUUCUUCCUGGGCAACUUGUCCUUCCUGGAGACCUGCUACACCUCAACCAUCCUGCCCAGGUUACUGGCCAGUCUCCUGACAGGGGACAAAACUAUCUCAGUCAGUGGCUGCAUCACACAACUGUAUUUCUGUAGUUCUCUGGUCACUGCAAGUCUCUUCACUGAGAAAAUCCAGUUCCUGCAAAAAGAAGAGAGACAAGAACCUCUGCUGAGGAUUCUGAGUCCUGGCAGCCAAGCCUUGGGAAACAAGAGCCCAUCACUUCAAGCUUGGAUUAUCCUGUGGUUUCAGUGGAUCUUGGGUUUCACUGAUGCUCAAACUAAAGGUACCCAGAUAAGCUGUUUUGCUCCCAGCUCAUUCUCCUGGCGCCAGGCUGCAUAUGUGGACUCCUACUGCUGGGCGGCUGUGCAGCAAAAGCAGUUAUUACAGAGCGAUUCAGGACACAUUCCACUGUGGCUUCAUAAAUUUUUCCCAUAUAUCCUGCUACUAGUUGCUAUCCUGUUGUAUCUGCCAUGCUUGUUCUGGCGCUUCACUGCAGCACCCCAUCUUUGCUCAGAUCUGAAAUUUAUUAUGGAAGAACUUGACAAGGCCUACAACAGGGCAAUCAAAGCAGCUAAUAGCUUUCGCAGUGGAGACACCAGAGACCCCAGUAGCCUGCCUCCAGCUGUUAAUGAAAACUUGACACAGAGUUUGUGGGAGAUAUCUGAAAGCUACUUUAAAUACCCCAUUGUGGAACAAUACCUGAAGACAAAGAGAGCCUCCAAAAACUUAAUAAUCAAAUAUGUUGUUUGCCGUUUACUAACACUAGCAAUUAUCCUGUUUGCAUGCCUCUAUCUGGGCUAUUAUAUCAGUCUCUCCUCUAUGACUGAUGAGUUUUUGUGCACCAUCAAAACUGGAAUCUUGAAGAAUGACACAACAGUUCCAGAAUUAGUUCAAUGUAAGCUUAUUGCUGUUGGCGUCUUCCAGCUACUCAGUUACAUUAACUUAAUUGUGUAUCUUUUGGUGAUGCCUCUUGUAAUGUAUGCCAUGCUCGUCCCAUUCAGGCGAAGCUCAGACAUUCUUAGAGUAUAUGAAAUUCUGCCAACGUUUGAUAUUCUGAAACUCAAGUCAAAUUAUGAUGAUUUAAGCCUCUACCUCCUCUUCCUUGAGGAAAACAUAAGUGAGCUUAAAUCAUACAAGUGCCUCAAAGUGCUGGAGAAUAUUGCAGGCCCUGGGAAGUGUGACAUAAUCCAUCUGUUGCCAAACCUUGGUACGAUUAAGACGACAGAUAUGGUAGAUGGGAAGCCAGCAACUGUGAAGGAGAAGCCUGAAGAGAAAAUUACAGAAGAACCAGAAAGGACUACAACAGAACUACAAGUUUUAACAGAUCUGCUCCCAAGUGGAAAUGCAAGCGCAAGCAACGAAGAUAAGGUUCGUCAAAGACUUAUAGAUUCUUCAUGCUGAUUGCUGCUGCAUGCUCCUCUUUUGCCAGGAGCACAAGACAAUUGCCCUGUCUCCCCACCUCUAAUACAAGCCGCACCGAACACAGGACAUUGCCUUUCUCAAUGCAUGGACUGGGUUUGGGGUCCUAGCAGUUCACCAGAGAGGAUAAACCAGUUUGCAGACUGUUUAUAUACAGUACAGUUAACCUCGUAUCGCAAAAGGCACUGUCUAGAGUUUGAAUAUUUAUAAAACCACUUGAAUAUGAAUUAUGGAAAGGUGAAAUCCAUCAGGUAAUUAGCAUGCAGAAUGGAUUACCAGAAGCAGCUGUUGAAGCGGAAACCAUUUAAACAAUAGGAAUGUGCUUACAGUGAUGAAACACUGAACUGCAUAGACACUAGAAACAGAGAUGGACCGAUUCCAUCCUGAGAGGGCAUGGUAUUGAGGUGUGUGUAACAGAGUGCUGGAAAUGCCAAACUUUGUUACUUCCCACCUAGAGUCUGCAGUUCUUGUUAAGGUAAAAUAUCCCAUUCAUUGCAGUGGGUAUCAAAGGAGAUGACUGUGUUAGAUCUGGGUUUAGAACUAAAGGGUUCUUGGCUCCCUAGCCUGUAAAGUUAUUGGGAGUUUUGUCUGAGUAUGGACUGCAAGAUUUCAAUCCUUAAGCUAUUUCUUAACUGCUUUGGUUUUAAUUCCCCAGCCCUCUGAAUAAUGGAUUCUAAAGACUAGGGGCUGAACAACAGUGAUAACCCCUACUAAAGCGGUUUGCCUUGUCUAUGCUGAUGUAAAGAACCUGCAUUUUAUAUCCAUUGUGUUUAAAAUAGCCACUUUUUAACUUUUAGUGGGUAUCAAAUCCAAUAUAGAAUGCACAUUUUACACAACAUGCCUGAGAAGAAAAGCAUGCAUGACAUUCUCAGUUGUAUUACAGUAGCAACUACAGGCCUCAAGUCAGGUCCCCACUGGGCUAGACAGGAUACAGAAGAAGACAGUCUCUGCCUCAGAGUUUGCAAUCUUAGUUAUAGAUCAGAUACAACGGGUAAUUGAAACAAACCGAACCGAAGAGGACCAUGAUGUGGUGAUAGAAAUAUGGACAUGUUUUGUGGCAAAAUCACUGAUCCAUUGAGGCAUUUUGUAAUUCAGAAAGGUACUGCCAUAAUUCGUUCAUGUGGGUUUUUUUUAAUUGCUGUGUGAGGGUUUCAUUCAAUUUUGUAACCAUGUUCCAAAUGGGGGUUCACGUCAGCAUCAUCGCAUUUCUUUCAAAUGAUAAAUUAAGCCUAAUUACCAUGGAACUCUUGAAUAUAUAGUAGAACCUCAGAAUUACGAACACCUUGGGAAUGGAGGU